AUGCAGUCUCCAAUUCAACCUUCUUUGGAUUCUUUAAUAUCCAUCAUUCAAAAAGAUCGUGAAGAAUUACCAACUGAUAAAAUCCCAAACUUAUAUCCAAUUUAUUCUUUAGUAUCCAAUGAUUCUAUAACUGCUCAUAUUGCUUAUCUUAAAUUAACCAAACUAGGUGAUGAAACCCAUAAGAAAACUCCAAGUUUCCUUUUAGAAAGUGCUAAAAAUGGUGAUACAGUUGAUAGAUAUUCAUUUAUUGGUUUCAAUCCAAAGAAAAUCAUAAAUACAGGACCUCAAUUCAAUAAAGAAGUUGAUCCAUUAGACAUAUUACAAGAAGAAAUGAGUCAAUACCGUCAAGCUCAAUUACCUGGAUUGCCUCGUUUAAGUGGUGGUGCUAUGGGUUAUAUUUCAUAUGAUUGUAUUCGUUAUUUUGAACCUAAAACUAAAAGAGAUUUAAAAGAUGUUUUGAAAUUACCUGAAGCUUCAUUAAUGUUGUUUGAUAUUGUUAUUGCUUUUGAUAAUGUUUUCCAAAGAUUUCAAAUCAUUAAUAACAUUUCAAUUGAAUUGGAUGAUUCAUUAGAUUUAAUCAAAUCAAAAUAUGAAUCAGCUAAAUCUCAAAUUAAUGAAAUUGAAACCAUAUUAUUUGAUGAUUCAAUUCCAAUCCCAUAUCCAAAACAAUCACCGAUUGUCGAGAAUCAAACAUUCACUUCAAACAUUGGACAAGAAGGUUAUGAAAACCAUGUUAAAACUUUAAAAAAUCAUAUUUUGAAAGGUGAUAUAAUUCAAGCAGUCCCAUCACAAAGAGUUGCAAGACCAACUUCAUUACAUCCUUUCAAUAUUUAUCGUCAUUUGAGAACAGUCAAUCCAUCUCCAUACAUGUUUUAUAUCGAUUAUUUAGAUUUCCAAAUCGUUGGUGCAUCACCUGAAUUAUUAGUUAAAUCUGAUUCCAAGGAUAAAGUUAUAACACAUCCAAUCGCAGGGACCAUAAGACGUGGUAAGACUACAGAGGAAGAUGAUGAAUUGGCCAAUGUGUUGAAAUCUUCAUUAAAAGAUAGAGCAGAACAUGUCAUGCUUGUUGAUUUGGCUCGUAAUGAUAUUAAUAGAAUUUGUGACCCAAAUACAACAAACGUUGAUAGAUUAUUAACAGUGGAAAGAUUCAGUCAUGUUAUGCAUCUAACUUCCCAAGUCAGUGGUACCCUUAGAUCUGACAAGACAAGAUUUGAUGCCUUUAGAUCAAUUUUCCCAGCUGGUACAGUCUCUGGAGCUCCAAAAGUUCGUGCAAUGGAAUUGAUUGGUGAAUUGGAACAAGAGAAAAGAGGUGUCUAUGCCGGUGCUGUUGGGUCAUGGUCCUACGACGGCAAGACCAUGGACACAUGUAUUGCCCUUAGAACAAUGGUGGUUAAGGAUGGAGUUGCCUAUCUACAAGCUGGAGGAGGUAUUGUGUUUGAUAGUGAUCCAUAUGAUGAGUAUAUUGAAACCAUGAACAAGAUGAAGGCCAAUAACAACACGAUUGUCGAGGCUGAAAAGAUCUGGAUCGAGAAGCUGGCCAAGGGAGAGCAUUAG